UUGAACAGUUUCCUCUUUAUAAAAAAAAUUCUCAUGCUCUCUCAGUUUUGUUUUUUCUUGUAGAAAAUAAAGGAGAAGUAGGGUUGUAAUAACAAUGAGCCGUGCGUAUACGUUCUUUGAAAGAGCCUCCAGAGCUUUUCGUGCUUACCCCACGCUUUCGAAACUUCUUGUUGUUAGCACUGUCAGUGGUGGUGGGAUAGUGGCAUUUUCUGAUGCAAGGCCAAUCCAAAGACUACUUGGUGAUCAUGGUGAAGGUGAAUGCAAGAAAAAGAAAGUGGUGGUGCUGGGAACUGGCUGGGCUGGCUACAGUUUCUUGACUUAUCUGAAUAAUCCUUCCUAUGAAGUUCAUGUGGUGUCUCCACGAAACUAUUUUCUCUUCACUCCACUGUUACCGAGUGUCACAAAUGGAACAGUAGAAGCACGUAGCAUUGUUGAACCAAUUCGCAAGCUCACGAGCAAGAAAAGUUUUCAAUAUGAGGAAGCUGAAUGUUACAAGAUUGAUGCGAAAAACAAGAAAAUUUAUUGUAGAUCGAAGCAAGAGACUACUUUGAAAGGCACAGAAGAAUUCAUCAUGGACUAUGAUAUCUUGGUUGUAUCAGUUGGAGCUCAAUCAAACACAUUCAACACGCCCGGAGUCGAGGAAAAUGCCAUGUUUCUGAAGGAAGUGGAGCAUGCUCAGAAUAUCCGUAAGGCUGUGAUUGACUGUUUUGAAAGAGCAUCUCUUCCUAAUCUAAGCGAUGAGGAAAGAAAAAGGAUCUUGCAUUUCGUGGUUGUUGGUGGUGGUCCAACUGGUGUCGAGUUUUCUGCAGAGCUUCAUGACUUCCUAGUUGAGGAUGUUGCUAAAAUAUAUCCUCAAGUUCAAGAAUUCACAAGAAUUACACUUCUUGAAGCAAGUGAUCACAUUUUGAACAUGUUUGACAAAAGGAUCACAAAUUUUGCCGAAGAGAAAUUCCAAAGGGAUGGUAUAGAUUUGAAGACGGGUUCAAUGGUUAUAAAACUGACAGCAGAUGAAAUUUCCACCAAGGAAAAGGGAACUGGGAAAAUUGUUCAUGAACCUUAUGGAAUGGUUGUCUGGUCAACUGGGAUUGGUUCUCGGCCUGUCAUAAAGGACUUCAUGCAGCAAAUUGGUCAGGGUCACAGACGUGUUUUAGCAACUGAUGAGUGGCUUCGAGUUGAAGGUACUGAAGAUGUGUAUGCACUAGGUGAUUGUGCAACAAUAAAUCAACGGAGAGUUGUGGAAGAUAUUGCUGCAAUAUUCAGUAAAGCAGACAAGGUGAACAAAGGUACUUUGAACAUAAAGGAUUUCCAAGGGGCUGUUAAAGAUAUUUGUCAAAGGUACCCUCAAGUGGAAAUUUAUCUGAAGAAAAGGAAAAUGAAGAACAUCCAGGACUUACUGAAGAGCUACGAAGGGGAAGAUCAGGAGGUGAACAUUGAAAAGUUUACAAAAGCUCUCUCAGAAGUUGAUUCCCAGAUGAAAAAUCUGCCUGCAACAGCUCAGGUUGCUAAUCAACAAGGCCACUACCUUGCAAAAUGUUUUAAUCGGAUGGAGGAAUGUGAAAAGAAUCCUGAAGGGCCCCUUAGAUUCAGGGGAGAAGGCCGCCAUCGUUUCCAACCUUUCAGGUACAGGCAUCUUGGGUCAUUUGCGCCAUUGGGUGGGGAACAAACUGCAGCUGAACUUCCAGGAGAUUGGGUGUCAAUUGGUCAUAGCACUCAAUGGCUAUGGUAUUCAGUCUAUGCAAGCAAGCUAGUUAGCUGGCGCACUAGGAUGUUGGUUGUAUCAGACUGGGGUAGACGAUUCAUUUUCGGAAGAGACUCCAGUCGAAUCUGAGUUCUUCUGGAGGUCAUACAUCAUCUUCCUCAACUAUGUUCUACAUAGGCC